AUGGCCAGCGCGCUGUACACGGACAUCAAGAAGUGGAAGGACGGCAAGCCCGGAAGCAUCUUUUGCCGACCGCGCGAGGGCCUCUUCGGGAUGCGCGACUGGGCGGACGACCCGGAGCUCGCGCACCUCGUCGCGCCGUCGAACGGCCCGGACGGCGAGGAGAAGUUCCUCGUGAUGUCGUCCGAGAACGCCAAGCGCGGGCACAUGAAGCGCGGCGGCGCUUCCCGCCCGAUGGCGAGGAGAGACUCCCCGGAUGGCGCGGCGUCCGGGGACAGCGCCGCGGAGCGCGUGCGGAUGGUCGCGGGCGCGGACGGCGGCCUCGACGUGCUCCUCGCCGCCGCGACCGCGGAGGGCGACAUCGAUGCGGAGGGACGGCGAAGGGCGGGCGCGGGCACGGGCGCGGGCGCGACGACGUCGGGGAAGCGCCCGCGCGACGUCGAGACGCCGCCGCCGCUCGCGGAGACGACCGCGGAACCGGCCGUGGAACACUCGAAGGACGGGCACGUCGUGCGCCACGUCCCGUCGAAGCGACGGCACGUCGUGGGCUCUUCGACCGGCGUCGACCCCGCGCCGGCGGCGCCGGCGAAUCCGUUCCGAGGGGUCAAGCGCGCGCCGAUCGACGUCGCCGUCGCGGCGGCGAACCCGGAGUUGUCUCGACGGCGGGACCUCGCGGCGGCGUGGGAUCACCCGCGGAUCGCGCUCGCGCGCGCCGCGGGGUUGAACGCCGUGCGCGCCGCGGGCGCGGGGAUGUUCCAGCAUCCGUCCGCGCUCUCCGCCGCCGCGCUCGACCACGCCGUCGCGGCUGAGACCCGACGAGCGUCGGCGGCGACGGCGCCGCCGCCUCAGGGCCCGGGGGGGGGCGCGUCGGCGGCGGCGGCGGUCGCCGCGUCCCCCGCGGACCCGGCCGCGGACCGAGCCGUCGCGCUGGCCGCGUCGUUCACCGCCGCCGCCGCGGGCGCGUCCGCGGUUCUCGACCAGGGGGCGCUCGGGAGCGCGCACGCGCUGGGCGCGUGCGUGCGAAGCCUCGCCGCGGAGGCGUCCGAGCUGUACGUCCUACUCGGCCCGCACCCGGCGACGGUUCGAACCAUCGUCGCGCUCCUCGUCGCGUGCGCCGCGGGGGGCGAACGCUACCAAGCGGACCAACGCCUCGUCCUGACGCAGCUGUGGGAGGCGUGCCGCGGGAUGCACUUCCCGAACGGCGUGGGGGAGACCGAGGCGGCGACGCAGGCGCUGCGGCGGCGCGUCGUGGAGAUGGUGGAGGGCGCGAUCGCGGCCGCGGCGGGGAUGAACAUCGGCGCCGUCGCCGCGGGCGCGGGCGCGGGGGCGCGGGCGCGGGCGGACGGCGCCGGGCUCGGGCUCGGGCUCGGGCUCGGGCUCGGCGGCGCGUAUAAGGCUGACGCCGAGGCGGUGGCGCGCGCGGUGGCGAUGGCGCAGGCGCACGCGCGAGAGCAGGUGCAGAUGCGGGCGGGGGCGGCGGCGCAGGUGGCGGUGGCGCGAGCGGAGCGUCCGGAGAGCGCGGCGUCGUGA